AUGCCUGCUCUAGAUGCCCUCAGGGAUAAACUCCCGAAUAGAGUUGUCCUCUCCUAUGCCUUUGACUAUUUCAUCAUCAUAUUCUUCAUCAUCGCAUUUUCAGCACUCGAUUCAGCGGAGCCUCAUCACCAGCGUUUUUCGCUAAACAACGAGUCGUUGCAAUACCCAUAUGCGGACCCUGAGCGAAUCUCAGCUGCCGAGGCAGAUGGUUUAUAUUCGCACCACAAACCAGCACAAGCCAGGAGACGUCUCUUGGGCGGGGGCGGUAAAUGGACGAUGGCGGACAGAUUAUGGGAGAUGAACUGUGCAAUUUUAGGGUUGGGGUUAAGCGUCGCGGGAUCAAUCGUAAUUACCGGCGCACUCAAGAAUACGACAGGCAAACCAAGACCUGAUCUCAUCGCGAGGUGUAUACCAAAGCCUGGAAGUGAGAACCAGAAGCCAUGGGGUCUUGUAACAAGUGACAUUUGCACGCAAACAGAUAACCACAUCCUCAAGGACGGUUUCAAAAGCUGGCCAUCCGGUCAUUCCAGCAUUUCAUUCGCUGGCCUUGGUUUUCUAUCAUUUUUUCUAGCUGGUAAACUUCACGUCCUAGACACCCGUGGGGAAGCCUGGAAAACCAUUCUGGUUAUCAUUCCUCUUCUUGCCGCUAGUCUUGUUGCCGUCUCUCGAAUUAUGGACGCCAGGCACCACCCUUUUGACGUUAUAACUGGGGGUCUGAUGGGAUUUUUGGUCGCCUGGGCAUCGUAUCGCCAAUACUACCCUGCUAUCACCGAUACUCGUAAAAAGGGCCGUGCCUACCCAAUGCGAUCUUGGGGGACUGAUGAGGCAGACCGAAAGCUUGGCUAUGAUGCUGCAGGACAGUUCAACAGUGGGCUCGUAGCAGACGAAGAGGAAGGUCAAAAACUCGGCGUUUUCAAUCCACAGCCAUCCCCAAUGCCAUUGUCAGGAGCUGGUCUUUCGGGUGUUGGCGGAACAGGUAUGGGCUUUAUGAUGGAACGAACAACUAGCAGCUUCUCUAACGAGUCCGCUGCAAUUCAAGCCCGAAAACGCGAAGCCCAGAGGGCUGCCGGACGAAAGAACGGAUUCUACGAUCGCGAUGAUGAGUUCGUACAUAGUUCAGAGGAAGGUAUCGAGCUCCGUAACGCCCCUCAGCCCCUCCGAACAUCGUCAUAUCCGCCACCGACAGGGAAAAGUGAUGAAAGCGGAGACACUAGCUGGGGGAUUAAACGGGCAACAGAGGCCAUAACGGGAGCAGGAGCUGGUCAGGUUGGUGGAUUCGAGCCGGUACGAAGGUCGGACACAGAUUUUAACAAUUUUGAUAUUCAGAGUACAGCUAUGGGCAGCCGGGAAUUGAACAGGGGGGGAUCUGGAGGCUCGACGAGCCCACUAAAGGAAUAA